ACAGAUUCCCGUGAAACAAGCAGCCAAGAGGCAAGAAAUGUUUCUCGGUCUUCUCCUUCGGCUGCGGUCGGAGGGCGCCCAUCAAGAGAUCGUGAUAGGCGCUUAUCAGCGUUGUUUGACGAGGGCAGCGCACCAUCCUCGCGAGACUCCUCCCCUCAUCGAGAACGGCUAAGUAAAAAAGAGGAAGAACGAAGGAGAAGAGAGAAAGAGAUGGAGAAGGAGCGACAGCGGGAUAAAGAGAGACUGAAAAGGCAAAAAAGGGAACGCGAAGCACAAAGAGAUCGCGAACGGUCGCAUCGCAAUAGCCCCGAUCGUAAAGUGACCGACAAGCGAUCUCAUCGUGAGGAAGAAGAGAAAGUGCGAGAUACCAGGUCAAAAGAAAGGAAGCGUGAGCAAACUGAAGAACAGAAGGUUAUGGAUGAAGCAGAAAAGAGGAAAGCAGAAGAAAGAGCGCGUAGAGAAAUGAUCAAAAAGAAGAAAGAAGAGGAAUUAGAAGCGAAGAGGCAAGCCGAACUGCAGAGAAGAGCGGAAGCCAUGCGUAGAAAAGAGGAAGAAAGUCGCAAAAGACGUGAAGAAAAGGAACGGCAGGAGGAGAAACGUCGCGAAGAACAGAGACAGAGGGAGGAGGAGCGACUUCGUCGUGAAGAGGAAAGGAAGAGGAAAGAAGAGGAACAACGCAGAGAAGAGGAAGAAGCAAGGAGGUUGGCUGAAUUAGAAGAAAAUAAGGAAGACGUCAAUGAUGAAGAAACUGCUGAAGAAGCGGAUAAGAGCGAUGAGGAAGCGGAUCCAGCUGAUUCUGGUGACUCCGACGACGCAGCAGCUUCGGAGGACAAUCAGACGGCCAGAAAUUACAGUGAAGACGAGGAAAACCAGCCCAGGAAAGAAGUUUCGUCACAGGAACAGUGGGUACAUCCGAAAAAACUUGAGCAGAAGAAAACGUCUGAGUCGUCUACGAGCAGGAGUGUAGAAGAACCACAACAAGAAAAUGAGCAAGAUCUCAUUCCAAGUGGCGAAGCGGAGGAGAAAAAGAAGAAGUUUAGAGAUGAGCACCGACCCAGUCGCAGUUCCUCAGAUGUUCGAAAGGUAGUCGACUCCUUUCUCUAG